AUGGGACCGUUCCAAGAAUAUGAGGAAAAGAAGUCGCCCGAGAAGGGAAGCCCUCCCAGCCGCAUCCCACGCUUGGUCCUCCACCCUUCUCCCCCAAAGGACAAAGGAUCACCUCAGUCCGAUUCACCGUUUUCAGAGGAGUGUGACAUCAGCUCCGACCACUCCAAGAGAACCAUCAGCAACAACAGCUUUUGCUCUGAUGACACCGGCUGCCCCACUAGUCAGUCUGUGUCCCCCUCCAAAACCCCGUCAGGCUCCGAGCAGAGUCCCCACAGCUCGCCCACACUACCCGAGCGCAAGGCCAAAGUGAAACGUGUGAGGGUGAUGGCCGAGGGGAGCGGCGACCCACGGAGCGCGCACCGGCACAAGAGGGAGAUGAGGUCGGCCAUGAAAGCCAGAGGUAGUGAGGCAGACUUCAGCUCCUCCAGCAGCACGGGCAGCCUGAAGACCAGGGAGGGCCUCACUUCAAACUCAGUUGGAAAGAAAGUUCUUUCACGAAGUCGUUGUGGCCACAUCAGACCGCUCCCAGUGUUCAAACCAGCCGGAAGCUUGACAGCCAAUCGUGAUGCAGAGCUGUACGCUCCCUACAGGACUCCGCCCAGGCCUGCCUCCUCAACCAAUAGCAGCAGCAACUCCAGCCCCACCUCCAGAAGAGCCAACCUGGGCCACUACCACUCCUGUGGAGACAACCACGGCAUCAGACCCCCGAAUCCUGAGCAGUACCUCACCCCUCUGCAGCAGAAGGAAGUGGCCAUCAGACACCUGAAGACCAACCUGUUGGAUUCUGAGAACAGAGUCCAUGACAGAGAGACAGAGGUUGAGGAGCUUAAGGUCCAGCUUGGCAGAAUGAGGGAGGACUGGAUUGAAGAGGAGUGUCACCGGGUUGAGGCUCAGCUGUCCCUCAAAGAGGCUCGCAAAGAAAUCAAACAGCUACGUCAAGUGGUGGAGACCAUGAAGAGCAGCCUUAUGGAGAAGGACAAGGGAAUACAGAAGUACUUCAUUGAUAUCAACAUUCAAAACAGGAAGUUGGAGUCUUUGCUGCAAAGCAUGGAGCUGGCCCAGAGUGGUACCAGCCUUCAAGAUGAGACCACCUUGGAUUUCAUCUGUGACAGCCCUGAGAGGGGUGGGAAGAAGAUGGAAGGGGAAGAGGAGGUUGGGUUAGGGGAGCUGGGGAACCAAGGUGAGGAGGCAAUGGCAGACAGUGGGCUGCUGUUUAAUGAUGAGAUGGCGAACAGAGCAGACAUUUUGGAGCAGGUUUUCAUGUCCACAGCGGUAGACUUCAGUCAGGACUCUAUUGAAAAUCUGAGAGCUGAGGCUGUGCUUGAGGUGUCUACAUUGAUAGAAGAGGAGCAGUUGUUUGAAUCUACCGCACCUACAACAGCUCCACCAAAGGCACUUUCAACAACAAUCGACAUAUCUUCAAUCAGACCCUCCCAGCAGACCACAGAAGACAAAACAAUCCAGACCGACACAACGAGCAUGUCUCCAGACCUGCAGUCUCUCCUGCUCCAGCUGCUGAAGUUCCAUGGGUCCACAGCAGGCAACACAGCUCUAUCAGCCUCAAGCAGCCUUCAGGGCCUCACAGACCUUCCAAAUCCCACUCCAAACACUGAUCUCCCUGACUUCUCUCUUCACCCACCCGACGUGCCCAUCCCUGUUCACCCAGAGAGUCCUGACACCUCCACUGAUUCCGGCAUGUGCUGCUCAGAGCCUGCACAGAGCCGACGGUUCAUGGAGGAGCUGGACUUUGCAGUCGACGACAAGGAACCUAUCCUGUCACCGGGACUGGACGUGGUUGGCAAAAGUUACUGGAGCAACAGCUUCCUGGUGGAUCUGGUGGCAGUCGCAGCUCCUGUGUUACCCACGGUGGCCUGGCUGUACUCCAGACAUGGUGUAGAUGGAAGUUCUCCGGUAUACAACAUCGCUGCUCUGAUCAGGGGCUGUUGCAUCAUGGGACUGCACUCUCUUCGUCACGUCACUCACAGGCCCAAUGCGUAG